GGAGAUUCUCGACAGAUCCAAUCUUUUUUAAGCACUGAAGUAAUAAUCGGUUGUUAUUUAUUAACGUUUACUAAAAGAUAAUUAAUCGUUAUGUCCAUGAUAACGAUUUUAAGACAUAAUGUCAAUUUGAACCCAUUAUUAUUACAACGUUCAUACAUUUUGAAAAAGAAUUUACAAUUUUUGUCAUCAUACACGAAAUAUGCAGAACACAAGCCUUUGGAAAAGAUUCGAAAUAUUGGUAUCUCUGCUCACAUUGAUUCCGGAAAAACCACCUUAACUGAACGUAUAUUAUACUACACAGGAAGAAUAGAUAAAAUGCACGAGGUAAAAGGUAAAGAUAAUGUUGGAGCAACAAUGGAUAGUAUGGAAUUAGAAAGACAAAGAGGCAUUACAAUUCAAUCUGCUGCAACAUAUACCGUUUGGAAAGAUCAUAAUAUUAAUAUCAUUGAUACUCCAGGUCAUGUUGACUUUACUGUAGAAGUAGAACGUGCUUUACGUGUUUUGGAUGGAGCUGUACUUGUAUUAUGUGCAGUAGGUGGUGUACAAUCACAAACAAUAACUGUAGAUCGACAAAUGAAAAGGUACAAUGUACCUUGUCUAGCAUUUAUUAAUAAAUUGGACAGAUUAGGUGCUAAUCAUAAAAGAACUUUAGACCAAUUAAAAGGAAAGUUACGCCAUAAUGCUGCAUUUUUGCAAUUGCCUAUUGGAUUAGAAGGUAACAAUAAAGGAUUAGUAGAUUUAAUUUAUCAGAAAGCUUUAUACUUUGAAGGAGACUAUGGUGAAGUUAUAAAAGAAGAUGAAAUUCCAUCAGAUAUGAGAGCAGAGGCAAAAGAUAAGAGACAAGAGUUAAUUGAACAGUUGAGCAAUGUGGAUGAGAAACUUGGAGAAAUGUAUUUGAAUGAAAUACAAGUAGUUGAAAAGGAUAUAGCAGAAGCUGUGAGAAGAUGUUGUAUGAAAAGAAUAUUUACACCGGUACUUGUUGGGACUGCUUUAAAAAAUAGAGGUGUUCAACCACUGUUGGAUGCAAUUGUGGAUUAUUUGCCAAAUCCUGGAGAAGUGACAAACUAUGCAUUUGAAGAGAAUAAGGAGAAAAUGACUAAAAUCCUAUUAAAUCCUGAAAGGAGUAGCAAAUAUCCUUUUAUUGGAUUAGCAUUUAAAUUGGAAGCUGGUAGAUUUGGUCAAUUAACUUAUUUCCGUUGUUAUCAAGGAAUGAUAAGGAAAGGAGAUUCCUUACUUAAUACAAGAACAAGGAAAAAGGUCCGAAUUCAAAAGUUAGUAAGACUUCAUGCGAAUCAGAUGGAAGAGGUGCCUGAAAUUUAUGCAGGCGAUAUUUUUGCUUUAUUUGGCAUAGAUUGCGCAUCAGGUGAUACAUUUGUUAGCGAUACUAAUUUGAAGUUGUCAAUGGAAUCUAUUUACGUACCCGAGCCUGUUGUAUCUAUGUCCGUUCAAGUAAAACAUACAAAAGAUCGAGAUAAUUUUUCGAAAGGUAUCGCACGAUUUACCAAGGAGGAUCCUACUUUGAAACAUUACUACGACGAGGACUGCAAGGAAACUCUACUUUGUGGAAUGGGAGAGUUACAUCUAGAAAUCUAUUCUCAAAGACUCGAACGCGAAUUUAACUGCCCCAUUAUCCUUGGUAAACCAAAAGUUUCUUUCCGCGAAACAUUACGAGAGUCUAUGGAAUUCGAUUACCUUCAUAAAAAGCAAUCAGGAGGAGCUGGUCAAUAUGCCCGAGUAACUGGAGUACUAGAGCCAUUACCACCCGAAAAGAAUACCCAAGUGAUAUUUUCGGACGAAACGGUAGGAACGAACGUACCGAAACAAUUUGUUCCUGGUGUGGAAAGAGGUUUUAGAACAAUAUGCGAGAAGGGACUGUAUUCGGGGCAUAAGGUAGCGGGUGUUAAAUUCAGAUUAUUGGAUGGUAUGCACCAUUGCGUGGAUUCUUCCGAGUAUGCAUUCUUUCUCGCUGCUCAGGGUGCAAUGAAAGAUUUGUUUUCAAUGGGGUCGUGGCAAAUUUUACAACCGAUAAUGUUGGUAGAAGUAACCGUUCCCACAGAAUAUCAGGGAUUAGUCAUGGCUCAACUGACUAAGCGGUAUGGUAUAGUAAUCGAUACAGAUGCUACCGAAGGAUGGGUUAUGUUAAAAGCAGAAGUUCCGUUAAACGAUAUGUUUGGUUAUAUCGGUGAAUUACGAUCUACCACUCAAGGAAAAGGAGAAUUUACUAUGGAGUACGUAAGAUAUACACCGUGUCUACCAGACGUGGAAGAAGGUCUGGUACGAGAAUAUCAAGUAGCACAUAAUCUAGUACCAGAGGCACAGAAAAAGAAAAAUUAG